AUGUCGGUAUGGAUUGCCUCAAUACCUUUAGUUACGGGCGCAGCCGGGUUGUCCGCCGGUUGCUGCUCGAGUAGCCAUAACGAGGUCUUAUUCCGAGGGCCUCGUAACGGCCUCUCAUCCGACAGGUCUACCGGUGCCCAACACCACCAAAACCCGAACCCUAAUAGCUAUACGAACGGCGAUAACGGACACCAAUCUGGAGCCAGCCGGUGUCUGGACGUCAGGCAUGACAUGCCGGUAUUAUACACGUUUACCGGACCGACACUUGUUGACACGCUACUGAAAUUGGUCAAACAAUUCGUGGAGUUGCAGCUCGUGCCAAACCUACUUAGGAGUACCGCUCAGGCCAGGGUUCAGCUGCAAGUGGUGCAGCAAUUGGAGCAGCACUUGGACCGGGAGAAGGAACGCCUAUCGGCAAUGAUGCAACACUUGCACAACAAGCAUAGGGCCCAACAAACAUCCGCAGCCUCCCUGCGCUCGCUCGGCCCCCAACUGCCCCCUCAGCUCAAGCACUUGCUUCACGAGAGCGCCGGCAGUCUCGGCUCGUCUGGCCUUAAAGAUCCGGACGCUUUCGAGCGCCAAUACCUGAGCGCCGGUCUAAACGGAUUGACCCAACAGGUAGGCGCCGCCGGUUCGCCGCCCGCCCACAUGUCGGCGUCGCUUAUGGACGACAAACUGGCUAUACGUAAGCUAUCGAUGGCUACGCCACCGCCGGCACCCACAUCCCGGCCCCCAUUGGAUACUUCACCGCCGCUUAUGGCGUUAGCCGGUGGAGGGGGUGCCCGGAGACGACUGUCCGACAAGUCGGGCCCACCAUCGCUGCCAUCGCCGCUGGUGUUGACCACAAAUAACGUCAGUAAUGGCAGUAAUAAUAGCCGCGACUACGACGGGAAGGACGGCGGGGGUCAGUCGGGUGGGGGCGGUUCACUACCCGACUCGCCCGCCCGGCGCCGUAUAGCUGAACGAAGUAAUCUGGAUAUCACUGAAGAGAUUACUAGGAAUCGCGAGUUCUAUAAGAACGCUGAGGUCCGGCCCCCCUUCACGUACGCCUCCCUUAUCAGACAGGCUAUCAUUGAGUCCAACGACAAACAGUUAACGCUAAACGAAAUCUACAAUUGGUUUCAAAACACGUUUUGCUACUUCCGUCGCAACGCCGCCACUUGGAAGAAUGCCGUUCGGCACAACCUAUCGCUCCACAAGUGUUUCAUGCGAGUGGAGAACGUGAAGGGAGCCGUUUGGACGGUCGACGAGAUUGAAUUUUACAAACGCCGACCCCAGCGCCUACAGGAGCGCAUAUCCAGUGGUGGUUCGUCCGGCGGCACCGGCCGGGGCGACGGCACCGGUAUGGGCGACGACGAGUUCAACAACAGCUACUGGAGCUGCGACGACCAGGAUGUGCCACCACCCGUGGCCAACCCAAAGAAACACAUGGCUAGGGGUCGACCCAAGCGCUCGGCGCUCAAUAUCAACCGCUCGGUGUCGUUGGGCAGCGGCGGCGGUAUAGUGGGCGACAGUCGCGCCCUUAUGGGAGCUACCGGUGCCGUGAGUGCGCCCAACAGCGCCUCCAUAGCAUAUGGCGAUCACUCGCUUAAUGUGUCGCUACAGGCACUGGCAGAUCAGUCGGCUCUACCGCCUUUUCUUAGAGGGCUUACGGGCGCCGGUAGGCUCAGCGGUAGUCCCAGCCCUCACGGCUCGGGUGGCGUAGAGUCGCCCCAAUCGCGUCGCCUAACAGACGACGAGUUUGAUGAGGACGAGGAGGUCGAUGAGGACGACCAGGAGGGCUAUGACGACGAUGUCAUGGAUGAGGGCUUGGAUCUCACGCUACGGCCGACGCCACCACAGCAGCAUCCCAUGCCGUUGGGCACCGGUAGCCGGCGGACUAGUACUAGUAAUAAUAGUUACGAAAAUUCUUAUAAUAAUAAUAAUUAUGUCAAAAAUAAUAUGACAAAUGACACGGAAUUUGACGAUAAUUCCGGAGAUAAUAGCCGACCGAAUAUUAGAGCGCCCGACCCCUACCCCCUACCCUACCGGCCCACACUAAGCCAGUCUUGUGUCAAACGAGUGUAUGUGUGGGAAAUGGAUGCGAACCUCUAUGUUUUGGUGUCAAAUAAUUGGGACUCUAUUGGGAGAUAUUCAAAGACAUACCGAUUCAUCACAAAUGAUACGGAAUUCUCAUCGGAAUAUUAUCCGGAAGACAAUAUCACCGCACAGUCGUACCGAUUGGACACCAGUGGGUGUCGUAUGAGUGACCUACCACUCUAUGACCAGGAGACCCGUCCCCUAUUCCAGAAAUACAUGAACUCCCCGGAGACCAUAUGGUAUUGUGAGAAAAAGCCACCCGUCCUGAUCAGUCGGAUCAACGAGACCUGGAUUAAGUUGGACUGGUCGGCACUGGCCUAUAAACCCCUGUGCUAUUUCCGCAAGAUCACUGGCGGACCCCAUAAAACAGAGUUUAUUUACGACAACUUCUGGGGUCCGUUGAGUGAGCCGGUUAUGAAUCAUCCGGACUCAGAGUUCGUACAAAUCCUGUGCUUCACAAACGCCGUACCACUUGACCAGCGAAAGGUCACCGGAGACUACAACGCCUCCGACCCCCACAUUAUACUCAACCAUAUUAUGCCUUUAAUACCCCGGGUGUCCAAACCGCCACCACUCGAUGGGGGCCUACCCUUCAAAAACACGACUGUCCCCAACGUGCUGUUGCUCGCGGUGGACGCCACUUCUUAUGUCAACUUUAAACGACAUUUUGUGAGGACGGGUAGGUUUUUAGCCGAAAAAGGUUUCUACGAGCUUAUGGGCUAUAAUAAGGUGGGCGCCAAUACCUUUCCAAAUAUGAUACCGUUCCUCACGGGACACACACCGGAGGAACUGGUGAGCGAAGAUAUGCUUAAUAAAAUCCGUUUCGACGACUGGCCCCUCAUAUGGAAAGCCUAUUCCCACAAAAACUUUGUGACCCUAUUUGUGGAGGAGAUGUCGUGGUGCGGGUUAUUUCACUUCAAUCUCCGGGGGUUUGAACGCAAACCCACUGACUAUCAGAUGCGACCCUUUCAUAUGGAUAUCAUGUCUGAGAAAUACAAUUAUUAUUGUUAUAAUGAAAAGACUGAGACCGAGCACUCAUUGGACUACACGUAUGACUUCAUACGGGCUAUGAAUGAAAGACAACAAAACUAUUUCGCAUACAUUUCCAUAUCGGAGAUGACUCACGACUCGACUAAAGCCGCACACUAUCUGGACGUCCCCUACCAUACCCUUCUCAACACAAUCUUUGGCCAAAAUUUGGUCGACAAUACUGUUAUCAUAUUUUUCUCGGACCACGGAUUCAGAUACGGAGAGCUCAGGAAAACACAUGUCGGGGAACUGGAGUCU